UAAACGACCCCAAAUCCCAUUCCUCACCAUCCUACCUCUUAGGUUUGAGUUCUCCACUUACCCAUACCACCCUUACCACCUGUCCUGGCCACCCACCGGCCAAUACCUCCCGCUCUUGGCCCCCGGUCCUGCAUAUCUCGUGCUCGUACCUCUUAAAAACAACACCAACUCCAAAACGCGUCCCCAGUCUUCCCCCAUCACGAUAUCACGAUAUCUACUGCCCGCUGCCCACUGCCACCACCGCCGCCACCACCAUAACUGGCUCCAGCCGCCUACCGGCGCGUCGGUCAAGAUGCAAUCCCUUGAAACUCUGUCGCCGCCGCGCGACCUUUCAUCUGAGGCUAGCUUUGGUGCUCCAGCAGACACUUUCUCCAACGUCGCGUCGCUCAGCUCGACACCACCCACCACCGUCGCCGACGACGCGAGUCUUGCUUCGGACACUCCUAAGAACGAGAUCGCUUUGCCAAUUGGUGUCGUAGACGAUGUUACCGAGACCACCAUUGUAGACGAGCACUCCGAGGUUUCUGACUCUAUUGUCAUCACUACUACAACAGAGAUCCUCACUACUCCCCCACAAUCCGCCGAACCCCCGAAACUCACACACACAAACGCCGGCGACAGCGUGUCUAGCACACCUGCGUCUGAACGUUCGCGAAGGCCACGUCUUAGCGCCCCUAUAUAUAAUCUGGCCAAGCUUGCGGGGACCUCUUCACAUGGCAAGCGACGGUCGAAAGGCGAUCAAGUUGCUGACCGCAAGAGACGAUCAAGCAUCGAUCCCAAAGUGGGCACAAGUGCAGAAGGAAAUAAUGGCACUGAAAUCACCAAGCCCAAAUCAACCCCAACCAAGGACACUAUACAUGCGUCUGAUGCGCAUUCUCCAGCCAUGCGCGGCGACAAGUCUCCAAAGCCGGCCAUGUCGAAGAAACGAGAAGAAGCGGUCCCAAGCGCCUCCAAACGGAUCGCAACACGUGCAUCUGGUCUUGAAACCGAGACACUGGCUCAUAAACUCUCGAACCUGGGCAAGAGGGGGAGAAAGACAUUCGAAAAGGGCGUCACAAAAAUGUCACGAGAACUGAGGAGGCUACAAGACACCAACGAGUUUUCGAAAAUCGACACGCGACCAGUUCUAUAUACGACUUGGGCCAAUGGUAAAUAUGUGGAUCCAUCAGUACCUCAGGAGCCCCCUACCAAGAAGAUCAAGUUGCAAGAUGAUUCUGCAUAUGACGUACCGGAAAUGGAGGAAGAAAACGUGAUAGAAGAGCCUGCCCCCAAGAAACGGCGCGUAAAGAAGUGGUUGGAUCGUGGUCUAUAUGCUGGCCAGGAAGCUCCGACAGAUAUCUUCAAGGGCCUCACAGCCGCGGAGAAGAAGAAGCUGACGCAAUUCCCGGAAUUGACACAAAACACCAAAACAAACAAGACGUUACCAGCACCCAUGUUCCUUGGGCUACGCAUGUUGAUGGAGGGGAGGGAUUUCAAGCUUCCGUUUGAUUUAUGUAACCCGCUUCCACCAGGACAGCCAAAACCGGAUGAAUGGAGGAAGAUGACAAAAAAUCGAUUUGUGGGUGAUGCAGCCGCUUACUGGAAGAAGACACCUCACUUUAAAGACUAUCAAUCGAAGUGUGUGUGCACGCCUGAAGACGGCUGCGGUGAAACGUGCCAGAACAGAAUUAUGCUCUAUGAGUGUGAUGCGACCAAUUGCAAUGUAGGGGAGCACCUCUGCCAGAAUCGCGCAUUCGCGAGGCUGCAAGAGAGGACCAAGGCCGGUGGCAAGUACCGAGUUGGAGUAGAAGUCAUCAAAACAUCUGAUCGAGGCUAUGGCAUCCGUGCCAACCGCUGUUUUCAAGCGAAUCAGAUUAUCAUGGAGUAUACGGGUGAGAUUAUUACCGAGGAGGAAUGUGACCGCCGGAUGAAUGAGAAAUAUAAGGACAAUGAAUGUUAUUAUCUGAUGUCAUAUGACCAAAAUAUGAUCAUCGACGCGACGACAGGUAGUAUCGCUCGUUUCGUCAAUCAUUCAUGUCAGCCAAAUUGCCACAUGGUCAAAUGGAUUGUUUCCGGGCAACCACGAAUGGCCUUGUUUGCCGGUGAUCGAGAUAUCAUGACUGGCGAGGAACUCACCUAUGACUACAAUUUUGACCCCUUCUCAGCUAAGAACGUGCAGAAGUGUCUUUGUGGUAGCCCGAACUGCCGAGGCGUUCUCGGACCCAGACCCAAGGAAACCAAGCCGCCGAAGCCGUCCAAAGAAGAGUUGGCGAAGGCGGCAAAGAAGAGUGCUAAAGGAGGCAAACGAAAGCUCAAGGAAGUUCUUGGUGAGCUAGAGUACACUGAGACCAACACGGCGAAGAAGCGGAAGGUGAAGACGCCAGCAGGUAUCAAGGCCUUAGCUACCGGGGUGAAGCGAACUACAAGCCUUAAGGUAGCAACGAAGGGUGCAACAGCGGUGAUCAAGCGUAGCGUGUCCAGCAUUUCUGUGAGUGCCAAGGCCGCACUGGGCAAAAAGGAGAAGUCACCAUCCAAAAAGAUCACCAAGGUAUCGAAAUCGAAGGCUGUAAUUAAGUCUUAUGGCAAGGCUAAAUCACCAAUGAAGAAGACCGCCAAAACUCCACGUGCCACACCCAAAGCGAAGACAAAGACACCAGCGAGUAAAACGAGCCCUAGCAUCACCGCUGCCACUGCUGAAAUGGUCAAGCCUAGCGGAGGCGAUACUCCGCAAGCGACCACGCCGACCAAGGCGACUAGCAGCAAGAGUGAUGCUGUCGUGUCGCCUUCACCACGGAAAGCCAUUGAUAUACCUCGAAUACGACUAGUUAACUCACCACACGCGGCCUGAGAAUUGAUUGACUGAGUCAUGGUCAACUGUAUUAGUUGCCAAUAUUCGGUUGGUUUUUUUUUCGGGGUCUGUGGUCCUCAAGAAUGUGUACUAUACGCAUGUGAAAACUAUUUUCAACCGGAGUAUGCCUUAUGCCGGAGUCGGACGGUGCAUUCUGGAUUCAUUAUCAGUUUUGCUUCAGGUUCUACUCUGCUCUAAAGAGCUUUUCCAAGCUGCUACUACGGCGACAUGAGGCCACGG